GAGAGCAGGAAGUUGUAGCGUCGCUCAGGUCCGUAACCAACAUUUCUAGUUUUUAUCAUGUAAAUCUAAGUUAAUUAAGCUAAAGCACAUUAAAUUUAAACAUAACCAUAAUUAUUAUCAGAUUAUUUAGCGGAAGGUUUGGCUCACGCGAACCUACGAACAAUGGCGGCGACAACAACGGUCAGCUUUUCUCCAGGAACCUUUUAUUGAUGAGGAGUUUUAUCCGUUUAUCGCAGCGAUAUAUUUUUCUGUCAUCGGUCAUGAACGACUAAUAAAUAAUAAAACCUCUGGGGCGCAUUGCUGCGGCCGAUCAGAUGUCAUUUCUGCUUCAUUUAUUUAUGUUUUUAUGGAGAGAAAGACUGAUGAGGAAAUCCUUCCCCGAUGGCAUCACCUGCUGCUCACCUGCAAAGCGCGUCAGAAGGUGGAGGUGACGUCACAGCUGCUGUCCAUGCCUGCAUGGAGCCGGUAGAUGGAGGGAGGAAAGCAGAGGCUGAAGCAGAGAUGGAGCCCACCUCCUCCUCCUCCACCACCUCCUCCUCCUGCCUGUCUCUGACCCCCCCCCUGCCUCCCUCUGUGGAGCUCUCAGCUGUUCUGACAGACACCAGGCUGACCCUGGAUGUGUACCUGGGAGGGGCGGCUGCCUUGCCCCUGCUAUGGGGGUCUGUGGCGGAGCAGCUGAGGGGCCUCCAGUACCUGAGGUUGGGCUCUGAGGAGCAGGCUGGGCUCCUGGCUGCAGUGGAGCUCCUUCCCCAGCUGACAGAGCUUCGCUCCCUGGCCAUCCGCGGACACCGCUUUCCUGACUCACAAGGCGACCCCCUGCCGGGCCUCCUCACCACGUUGCCAGAUUCACUGUCAUCUCUGUCUCACCUGAAACACCUGGAUCUCUCCUUCAACCAGCUUACCUGUGUGCCACCAUGCCUGCUCCGACUGCCGGCGCUUUCCGAGCUGCUGCUCUGCCACAACCGCAUCUCUGCUCUGCCUGACGAUUUUGGGCAGUUAUUGUCUCUAACCUACCUGUCCCUGAAGGGGAAUCGGUUGCAGUCUGUCCCCCCCUGCGUGGGCCAGUUGAAAGCGCUACGUACGCUCGACAUAUCGGAUAACGUUCUCCAUCACCUGCCUGAUGAAAUUGGUUCCUUGGGGGAGCUCGUUGAGUUGGAAAUAUCUCACAACAAGCUGCAGCAGCUGCCAGAGAGCAUGGGCUCUCUUGUUGCCCUCAGGGAACUGGUUAUCUACAGCAAUGAGCUCCGGGUGAUCCCAGACUGUCUGAACAAACUCCCUCUGCUUAAAAUGGACGUUCGGGAUAAUCCUUUAGGCAAACCUCCGACCCCGCCUCCUUUGCCUCCAACACAGGAUCUUACAGGCGCAGAAGUCCCAAAGUUACACCUGCGAUUCAACCAGCACAGUUUCUUUGUCUCCUCUGCUGGGUGUCAUGUGUUUCUGCCGGGGGGGGCAGAGCUGGUGUUCCCCCCCAGAUGCCUGACGGCGACCACCAAACUGAGGUGGGCUGAGAAAAGGCCCGACAGGAAGUGGGUGUGGCUGGAGGAGCAUGACGUCCUGCUUAGUCGUCCGCUGGAACUUCGUCCUCAUGGAAUCAGGUUCCUAAAGCCUGUGGAGGUCUGUGUGCCGUAUCACCGGAGAAGCCGGGGGGAGGUGGUGCUGCGGACGUUUGACGGCCAGUCGUGGAGCACUCUGACCUCUCACCUUCGGAGAGGAAACGAGGAGAACUGCUGUCAUCCUGGGGGACGCCCUGCCAGGCUGGCGUGCUCCUCAGUGAGCCACUUCUCCUGGUUUAUAGCGGUGUCCAGACCUGUACGGGAUACCUGCUCCGUUACUCCAUCAGGAGCUCUUCUGGUGUCCAGCUUAGACUCUGGAAUAAAGCUUGACUUCCCUCCUGACUCCACUGCUCAGACUCGUGUUAUAACUCUACAGGUGCUGCAGGUUUGUGAGUCAGAGCUGCAGGCUCUGUGUGGUGACCCUCAGGCCACAGUCAGUCCCCUCCUCUGUCUCUCCCAGAAUCCCUCGCUGCAUUUCCUGCAGCCAGUUAAAGUCCAGAUCCCUCUGCCACCAGGAGUCACAGGGCAUACGGCUGAUCUGUCCCGACUACAUCUGCUUCACGGAGAUCCGUCUGCCCAAACCUGGACUGACAUCACGUCACAGGUGUCUCUGUAUGUCACCCAUCUAUACGCCGUUUUCUACAUCACGCAUUUCUCUUGGUACUGGCUGUGGUACACCACGCAGCGCUGCGUUAGCGGCGUGGUCAGAAAGGUCUAUCAACGUCUGAAACAGUUCAAAGUCCAGUUCCUGGUCCUCCAGCGGAAGACCGAUCCCGCUCAGGUUCUGCUGCAGUGCCUCCCUGCUAACAAGGUAGAGGGCCGAGUUCAGUCUCUGUCUGAGCAAUAUGACGGACCGCAGCCUUCAGACCUGUGUGACCUGCUGGAAGGAGAGCAGUUCUUCGCCGGCUUUGAGAGGGGCUUGGACAUCGUCACAGACAGACCGGACUGCAUUGAGGGUCGACUGUGUUUUGUGUUUUACUCCAGUCUGAAAAAUGUGAAGGAGGUGUAUGUCUGUCCUGCUCCGGGACAGAAAGGACUGGUCAGGGGACAGGUGUCGUUUUACAGAGGAGACAUUCCCAGCGGUCUGCCAGAGGAAGUAGCCAAAAAGAGGACAGGACUUGACCACCAGUGUCUCGCAACUUUACCUUUAAGACGUCCUGUCAGUUAAAAUCCCAAAUAUAAUUUCUU